UCUCCCCACGCUUACACGUAUGCGUAUACGGGGAAAUCCCUGCCUACGGGUGCCUGCAUAUACGAAUCCGUAUCCGGAUCAUCUGUCGAAACUUCCUGGUCCUCCUCCUGAAUAAUUGUUCUUCUCCUUCCCCCGGCCUAGGGAGAGAAAGAGGAGGAGGACUGGUGGGUAGAUCGCACCUUGCUGGAGCAAAGAUAUGUUGGAGAUGAGGACACUAUGUGACUCUCUUUCUCAUCAACAGAUUGCAGUUGUUAAACUGAGGUAUUGAUGGUUGGGGCUGAGGUUUGUACAUUGCUGCAUUAAGAUAUGACUUGAUGGUUCUGGUUGGAUCUUUGUGCUUGUAUAAUGGGUUUAAGGUUGUUAGAUAACUGGUAUUGAGAGACUGCAUUUCUGAAAACGACAUGGUUGCUUUAAGAAUUUUUGAUGUGAAAUUCUUUGCUGAUUAGUGGUCGUCGCUGCUAAUCUGGAUUUAUCACAAACAAUGGGUGAUCACAGUUACAGUUCUUGGGUUAGGCGGCAGAAAUACUCACAUACUGUGUGUCACAGAUUGGAUCCUUCUAGGAUUCCAUCUUUCCCGAUUUCUCUCAAGCCUGAGUAUUCUUUUCUUGCAACCGUGAAACCAGUGAACUCUGUUUCCAGUGUCCAUCAGUCCAAGAAAGCAGAUGCCACAGUUAGUUUGCCUAAGUUUGUAGAUGUUCCAGAGAAAGAACAAAGAAGUCAUGCACCAGCCAAAUCAAGAGCGUUGUCUCCCCUUCCUCAGACUAUGCUCUCGGAUGAAUUUAAGGAGGCAAGAUCAGAAUGUAAAAGGUUUUCAACUCCAACUUCAAGAAGGGAAAGGGAUAAAAGUUUCAUCAACAGAUUGUUUUCCAGGGAUCUUCACAAUCAUAAUUUGACUGAUCCAACGCAGAUGCUUGCAUCAUCUAAAAAAUUCCAUGACAAAACAAAGCCUCGGAGGGAGAGCUCAUGGUCCAAGUACUUUGAUAAUGCCGGAGGAAGAGUUACUGCUUUAGAAACAACUGAUGAAUGGACUGUCGAUCUUUCGAAAUUAUUUCUGGGUUACAGAUUUGCCUCUGGUGCUUACAGCAAACUAUAUUAUGGACUUUACAAGGAUCAACCUGUGGCUGUGAAGGUUGUCCGACAACCUGAUGAUGACGAAAAUGGGGACAUGACUGCUAGGUUGGAAAAGCAGUUCAAUAGGGAGGUUACUCUCCUCUCUCAUCUCCACCAUAAAAAUGUAAUACAGUUAGUGGCUGCAUGUAGAAAACCACCGGUUUUCUGCGUUGUCACGGAGUACUUGUCUGGAGGAUCUCUAAGGGCAUAUCUGCACAAACUAAGACCAGGGCGCCUUUGUCUUCAGAAACAAGUUGCAUUUGCUCUUGAUAUUGCUAGAGGAAUGGAGUACCUCCAUUCCCAGGGGGUUAUGCAUAGAGACCUUAAACCUGAGAACAUGCUUCUUGAUCAAGAUCUUCACGUCAAAGUUGCUGAUUUUGGAAUAGCUUGUGAAGAGGCAUACUGUGAUACUCUAGCUGAAGAUCCAGGAACGUAUCGUUGGAUGGCACCUGAGAUGAUCAAACACAAACCUUAUGGGCGUAAGGUGGAUGUGUAUAGCUUUGGUCUUGUAUUGUGGGAGAUGGCUGCUGGGGCUAUUCCUUACGAGGACAUGACACCAAUUCAGGCAGCAUUUGCAGUGGUGAACAAGAAUGCGAGGCCUCCUAUACCUUCGACUUGCCCGCCUCCCCUUCAAGCUUUGAUCGAGCAGUGUUGGUCAUUGCAUCCCGAAAAGAGGCCAGAGUUCUGGCAGAUUGUGAAGGUCUUGGAACAGUUUGAAUCUUCUAUAGAACGCGACGGGACACUCAACUUGGUCCAAAAUUCUACCUGCCGUGACCAGAAGAAACGGCUCAGCCGCUGGAUUUCAAAGCUUACCUUGGAUAACCGUAUCAAUUCAUCUGUCCGCAAGUGAUCCUCUGUAGAUCCGUUUUGGUCACUUUUUAGUUUUUUGACGGCGCCCUCUGUGUUGCAAUUGACAUGGCCUUUGGCAGCAGUUAUUUUUGGUUCACACA